GUCUCACACAGUUCGUUGAUUGGGGAUAAGUGAGUCACUCGUAUCGGAUUGUGGUUUACAUCCAAGAAUCUGUCGCAAUUAGUCGCAAGUUCCACACUUCCAUCAUAUCUUCGAACAGACACCUCGAACCUCGACUGGUAGUGGGAUUAUCACAAUCACCCAGCCGCGACAGAGGGAGAAAGAGAACUGCAUUUCUGCGAUGAGCGGCUCUUCAAGCGUGUACUUGCCGUAGUUAUUCGUCUGCUGCUGCCGUUGUCGGUGCUUGCGGCUGCCAAAGUUAAUUAGAGUUUGCCGCGGAGCUUCGGCGUGGAGGGGGUGUGCCAUUCAUCCUCUCUACCGUACGCGCCCGCGCUACCCACGCGAUCUACACUGCUAAACUAGACCUCUACAAAACUUCACCUAGGAUACGUCUAAUAUAUCUCAACUCUACUAUUUUGGCAAAAACUUCACCAUACAAUUCUGGAUUUUACGUUCGCGAUAGGAUAUAACCAGAUAUUUUAACCUUGUCCUCUCUCUCAUUCUCUCUUUUCCCUUCCGCAUUUUUUUUCCCUCUUUUUCGUAAGGCUGCACACGCGCGCGCGAGUUACAAGAAUAGCCGGACUGUUGAGCGUCAGUCAGUGCCCAGUAGAGCCUGGUAAAACGCUGGACGAGAAGAGAAGCAUACUACGCUCACAAAAGUGCUGCAAAAUUUUGGACUGAAUAUUUAAGGACUCUGGAAGUGUAUAUAUAUCAUCACGCCAUUUUGCUUCUAUAAUCUUGUGAUAUUAUUAGCAGCUAUUAACAAAUUGGGCAGUGUUUAUUUUCCUCCUCGUUUAUAAUUAUACGAAGUGUUCUGUGGCGUCUAUUUCUCGUAAAGUUUCUUGUGAGCACUAAAUAGAGUAUUCCAGAUUCAAUUCAAGAUCUGAUAACGCGAUGGAAGUGACGGACAAGUGACACGGCGACUUUUUCCCUUACUGAGUGGAAAUCUUAUCUUUGUUCAAGGCUUUAGUAUUUUCAAGCUCAACAGUCACUUAUACUGGAUUUUUCAAUUAUUUUUUACCUCGAUAAAGAUCAAAUCAAAUAACAGAAGAUUCUUCAAAUUUCCAAAACACGAAAUCAUGCACAAAUUAUCCAAAGGACUAAACAAUCACAGUGUCAUGGAAUUUCGAGUUCUUAGAAGUCCCGUGGCGGGUAUCAUCGUAUUUAAGCGAAUCGUCUGAGUCAUUGAAAUAUAAAUCUUUAAUUUUGACUUAGCUGUCAUAUAAAUACUAUUCUGAUUCUCUUUUAUUAAAUCUAAAUCUCUUUGGCUUUCACAUUCACAAACUUUCCUAAUAUAAAAUUUUCGUAGUUGUCAAAUCAAUUACUUCAAGUGAUAGUGUACUCUUCGUAUUUCUUCAGUGAAUGUGCGUGAGUACAUACAAUAAGUGAAGUAACACAAGAUACAAUACUUACUCAGUUGCUCUUAAUCAAGAGAUAUUCAAGUGCGUGCCUACUGAAACAAGCAUCAAGUGGUCUCAAUCAAUUCAAUUAAAUUUCUGACAGUUCAGUUGUUCAAUUAGACAACGGCAUAUUUGGGAUACCCUUCAGAGACCGUAAUGUAUUUGAGAUUAUACAACACUAGAAGAGCAGUGAAGAAAGAGUUUGUAAGACAAUUUACUACAGAGUUUGAUCUCCAAUCAGUCAAAGCUACUCACCUUUCCGUACAGAACGUCUUCCUGUUUGACCAACAAAUUAUCUUGUGUGGAUUUGAAGAAUCUCAAACACAGAAAUUACGGUCUGCAAUGUGUGAAUUUGAGCAAUCUUUUGUUGAUGCACGCUUUGGUUGGAGGAAAUUGGCUGAUCCUGGUGACUGACACAACACCAGUUUCUCUUCAAAAAAUUUCAAACGAUAGCACUGGCUUCCUUAUUAAAUGCAGAGCUGUAAUUAUACAUCAAUAAUUGCAAGACUCCCAGGGAGAGAUUUCAAGAUGUUACUUGAUUGGUGUCGGUAGCAGAAGCGUUUACAUUUUUUGAGUUCCUGUCUAUAGAUUCAAUACUACUUAGCAUUUGUCUUACAUUUAUAGGACUUUGGUAGUGACAUACAUAUAUAUGUAUAUAUAUCUAUAUAAUAUAUAUAUAUUUAUAAUGAAAGUUACAAUUUAAGAAUUGAAACCAAAGAUUGUACAUUUAUAGCGCUGUUAUUAGUUCAUGUUUAUCUUUAUGUACAUAUAAACAUAUCUGUGUACAUAUAUUUCUAUACGUAACAAUUACUUAAGUAGCCAUUAAAGUCAAAGCUCAAAAAUGCCAGCAACACCAAAUAAGCUCUCCUUGAAUUUUAACAAAAACAGUUAUAGUGUUUUUGGUACAAGACCAAACAACGAGAAUGUAGAACAGCAGCAAGAGCAAAAAACUGAAUUACUUGAGGGAACUAGAGGUAAUGGACUCCUUCACUUGAAAAAUGGUGUGGAUUAUGUUAAUCCUGGUGAGGAAGAUCAAAUGGAAAUUUAUGGAUAUAGAAGAAAUACAGCUUACACUGCCGCAACAUGGUUCCUGAUAAUAAUCUCAGGUGGACUUUUAAGACUUGUCUUUCAUUGGGUGCCACAUCUUAUGCUACUAGCCACCCAUUCUAGAUGUUCCUUAGAGCAGGCCGAGACUGUCCUGCUAUUGGAGAAAUUCCAGGGAAAGCACACGAUCUAUCACGUGAAAAGAAUCAAAACUGUGUCUGCCCAAGAAGUGUGGAAAAAUUGCCAGGACUACACAGAGGAGAAGACAGAAAGGGAUGGGGAGACGGAGCAAGAAGAGGAAACGGUAGCUAAAUCGAAGGACUCGCGAACGGGAGCGUGGCAGAGCGCUGCAAGCGAGCUGGGCGUAGAGGAAGCUCCGAUGCCGCUGUCGUUCCACCUGUCUGGUGGCCAUUUUAAAGAGGCGCACUUGAUUCACACAUUUGUCUGCAAGAAGCUUACCUAUAUCUGGGACGCGGAUAGGUGCGAGUACUUGAAGCUACGAGGCCUCGACACGGGAGUGCUCAUUUCGACACUGCAUCAGAUGGCUGGACUGAGUCUGGCGCAGCAGUGUAUGCGCCGUGGCGUUUAUGGCAACAACGAGAUCGUCGUACCCGUCAAGGGCUUUUUCACGCUCCUCGGUCUCGAGGUGCUCAAUCCCUUCUACGUCUUCCAGCUAUUCAGUUUUUGUCUGUGGAUCUCCGAUGACUACGUCUACUACGCGAUGGUCAUCCUAAGUAUGUCGGCCUGUGGAAUUGUGAUGGCCGUGCUGCAGACUCGUCGGAAUCAACGUAGCCUGCGCUCGACCGUAUCAUCGUCGGACGUGGUUAACGUGCUGCGCGACCGCAGUAGCGGUGCCACGGCUACAGUACCGGCUAAGUGUCUGGUGCCCGGUGAUGUCCUUGUGAUCCCGUCGCACGGCUGUGUGAUGCCAUGUGACGCGGUGCUGUUGACGGGCAACUGCAUUCUGAACGAAUCGAUGCUGACAGGCGAGUCGGUGCCGGUAACCAAGACCCCACCCGCCACCGGCGACGCGACCUACGACAGCAAGGAGCACGCCCGUCACACCCUCUUUUGCGGCACCAAGGUCCUACAGACGCGCUACUACGGUACCGAGAAGGUUCUCGCGGUCGUGGUGCGCACCGGUUUCAACACCAGCAAGGGUGGCCUCGUGCGCUCCAUCAUGUACCCGCCCCCCGUCGAUUUCAAGUUCGAACAGGAUUCGUACAAGUUCGUCGAACUGCUAGCCUGUAUCGCCAGCGUAGGUGUUAUUUACACCGUGAUUACAAAGGCACUGCGUGGCGUGCCCGCUGGCCAUAUCGUUCUCGAGGCCCUUGACCUCAUCACCAUUGUCGUGCCGCCUGCACUUCCAGCCGCCAUGACCGUUGGACGGCUGGUCGCCCAGAGUCGCCUGCAGAAGCACAAGAUCUACUGUACCAGUCCCCGGGCCAUCAACGUGUCAGGCUCUAUCGACUGCGUGUGCUUUGACAAGACGGGCACCCUCACGGAGGACGGCCUCGACAUGUGGGGAGUCGUCACGGUCGGAUCCAACAAGUUCCAGGUACCCGUGAAGGAUAUCAGCAGCUUAUCCCUCGGUGAGGUGCUUAUCGGCAUGGUCAGCUGCCACUCGAUCACCAUUAUUGACGGCCAGCUGAUCGGCGACCCCCUGGAUCUGAAGAUGUUUGAGUCGACUGGAUGGAUCCUUGAGGAACCCAACGUUUCGGACACCUCCAAAUUCUCGAUGCUUUUCCCGACGAUCGUGAGGCCUGCCGCACAAGCCCAGGCCGCAGGUCCUGCUGCCGCGCUGGACGACCAACAGUUGACUGAGCAAGCUCGCGGUGGCGUCGAGGUCGGUAUCGUGCGCCAGUUCCCUUUCACCUCAAGCUUGCAGCGCAUGAGCGUCAUCACGAGGACUCUGGGCGCCGACCACUAUGACCUCUACUGCAAAGGCAGUCCCGAGAUGAUCCUGAGCCUGUCGAAGCCGGAGUCAGUGCCGCACGAUUUCAACAGCGUCCUGCAGGAGUACACUUCGGAAGGUUACCGUGUAAUAGCUCUAGCGCACAAGUCCCUGCAGCGCCUAGCCUACGCCAAGGUACAGCGCAUCACUCGUGAGGUCGCUGAGGCGGACCUGGACUUCCUGGCGUUCGUCAUCUUGGAGAACCGGCUGAAACCUGAGACCACGCCAGUGAUCGGCGCACUCAAUGAUGCAGCCAUCAAGGUGGUCAUGGUCACUGGCGACAAUAUGCUCACGGCUCUGUCGGUAGCUCGCGACUGUGAUAUCGUGAAACCGGGCCUGCCAGUGGUCACGGUCACGGUGGUUACGCAGCAAAACCAGGUGAAGCCGCAGCUGUAUUUCACCCGCAGCGACACCGGCCACAGCAAUCAGAGCCAGUCGUCACCGAUCGCCGCCAGCGGGCCUUGCGAGGGUGAUCUCAGUGAGAUUACCGAUAUCAACAGCAUCGUCAGCUUGGACACCAUGGAGAGUGGCGGGGUUUCCAGGCAGGACUCCGCACUCAACUACCUAUCCGACGAGAUCGAGCGCUGUUGUUCGGGCAAGGCCCGUGGCAGGCGCAAUGACUACGCGUUCUCGCUGACCGGAAAGACAUGGGCCCUCGUUAAGCAGCACUACCCGGAGCUCAUCCCCAAGAUAACCACACGGGGAACCAUUUUCGCCAGGAUGUCGCCCGACCAGAAGCAACAGCUGGUACAGGAGUUGCAGGCUCUUGGCUAUUACGUGGCAAUGGUGGGUGAUGGGGCGAACGACUGUGGAGCGCUGAAGGCCGCGCACACAGGCAUCUCCCUGUCGGACACGGAGUCAUCGGUUGCCUCGCCCUUCACCAGCCGCGAGACCAACAUCUCCUGUGUGUUAACAGUUAUUCGGGAGGGUCGCGCGGCCCUCGUUACGUCUUUCGGCAUCUUUAAGUACAUGGCGGGUUACUCCCUAACGCAGUUCAUCUCGGUGAUGUUGCUCUACAGCAUCGAAUCCAACCUGACCGACAUUGAGUUCCUCUACAUUGACCUCUUCAUCAUCUCGAUAUUCGCCUUUUUCUUCGGCAAGACCGAGGCCUACCAGGGUCCGCUCAAUAAGAUGCCUCCACUCACCAGCCUGAUCAGUCUCACGCCGGUGCUCAGCCUCUUCGCGCAGAUUCUUAUUGUCUGCGUGUUCCAGUACUUAAGCCUAUGGACUCUACGCCAGAUGAGUUGGUUUGUGCCGUUUGGCAGCCUUAACGUCACACUAGACAAGGAUGACGUGCGCUGCACCGAGAACUAUACUGUGUUCAUUGUCAGCUCCAUCCAGUACAUUAUUCUCGCAAUAGUCUUCUCGAAAGGUCGUCCUUACCGCAAAGCUAUUUGGACCAACUAUGGCCUGUUGUCCUCCUUCAUUUUGCUCAGCGCCUUCUCCGUGUACCUGUCCGUCGGGCCGUUUGACUGGCUGGUCGACUGGUUCGAGCUGGAAAUACCCGAGGACCGCAAUUUCAGAUAUAUGUUGUUGGCUUACGGUUUGGCCAACUUUCUGGUGGCAAUGCUCGUCGAGUAUUUGGUCAUUGACUACUUGGUGUUCAUCAAACUGAGAAAGAAGAUGCACAACGUCGAGAAAUCGCGCAGAAAGUUCCUACUGCACGAACGAGACAUGGGCGCUAACGGCGAAUGGCCACCGCUCUCGCAGGAGCCGAUGCCCGAGGCUGCGCCUGACAUUCUCAUACGCCAGAGUCAUCAGGUAACAGAGAUCAAGAUCGAGAAGCGAGUGACCGAGAGCCUACCAUCAGAGUGCAGCGUUGCGCGGCAGCGUUCCCACAGCCAGCAAGCCGGUAGCCCCAGUCCGGCACCUUCCUUGCCUCCGGACUGUUUGCUGCCCUUUAAUAACGAGCGCUUUGGUGGUUCGACUCGUGAGGUGCCUCUGAAUCCUCGCUCUUUGUGCGACGAGCGCCGUAACACCGUGUCCAUGCAGACGGUGCUCAACUAUUAUGAUGAGACGUGUCGUGGCGGUUGCGUUAAGCGAAACGUCACCGCAGGCGUUUCCCAAGGAGUCACCAAUAAUCGUACAGGCAAGCCAAGACUGAAUUCGGAAUCGGCUAGAGACAUCGCACACGACGAUAAAGUCAAACGAAUCAAGGAGAUCAAUCCGAUUGCCACUCUGCCGAGACACUCGGCUGCGGUCUGCGCGAUGGCCAGCGAGGAAAGAAUAUUCGCCAACGACUCCAACUGCCGACCGUUACGCGACGACAAGACCAAUCCUACCCAAAACGUACUCGAGCUCGACGUUCUGCCAUCUUGAGGUUUAGCGUUUGUACUACUGCUUGCUCGUUUGCUCACUAUCAAACUGGGCAUUGCGGUAGCACAAUUCAUUUAUUUCUCCAACCGCUUAUUAUCGUCGUUAGUGCUCAUCGGACAAUAUUUUGCAAUAGUGAUGCUUUGAUAAGCUUUCAUUUCGCCUUGUUCUUAUAGAAACUGCAAUUUUGUUUACUAUCCAUAGCGAUUUACACUUCGUUAAACUAAAUAUAACGUUUUUUGAAUAACGUAAGACACAAUUUCCUUUGCUUCGAUUCAUUUAAAAUUCUUAUCAUGGCAUGAUUGUCACUGGUAUUGAAUAUGUUGUUUAGCAAUGAAUGUGAUCUUAUAUAUUCAAAAGUAUUGGCGUUGAGACUAUUUUUUGUUUUUGAUACUUGUUACUGUCACGCGUUCAGAUCAAACGACGCUUAUAGAUGUUUUAUAAAAAGUUUUUAAUACAGUGUUUUAACCUGUUUUUAAUGUUUUUGUCUUUCUGAGAGUCACUUGUUAUGUUGACUAAUUUAGUCAAACAAUUACAAAAACGACUUUCUAUUGAAAAACAAGUUAAAUGUAGUAAUGUCUUGGAUCUACGAUAUAAAUCGAGUUAUUUUUGAUAAAUGUUUAAUUAUAUUGAUUUAAAGAAAAUAUUAAUUUAAAAUUAAAUAUCCAUAAAGUGGAUUUUGUAAUUUGAUAUAUGUUUAAUAUGUUUAAGUUUAUGUUUAAAGGGCUUUCAAGCCAUUCAAUUUAGUGAAAUCUUAUUCUAUAGAUGUAUACUAUUUAGAAGCUUACAAUUUCUGUAAAAAAAUAAUGGAUGCGAUAAUUUUUCAUAUGAAAUACCUACAAGUUAUAUUGUAUCAUUAUAAACUAUACUCAAAAUGAUAAUUAUUGGGCGAUUAAGGCGCCAAUAUGAAGGUGCAGCAAUGAAAUUUUUGUUACAUAAAUGUAAAAUUUAGCAAGCAAAAGAAUAACUUUUGUAACUAGAUAAAAGUUUUUCGAUGCAGGAAAAAUUGUUAAAUAUUAGAUUUCGUACUUAUGAAGGAAAGAAAAUGAAGAACAUAUCGAGUAGAUAAACAUGAGCCAGCAGCAAAAGUAUUACUGGGCGCGAAAAGUUGAAUAGCGAAAAGGAAUAAGUUUAAGACGAAGAUCGAGAAGAUUGAGUUUAAGAUGAAAUUAUUUACAGUUUUAGAGAGGAAGCGCCAAUAUAUGUAUUUUAGUAUAUGAGGUUGUCAUAUUAGGAUUGGACUUAUGUAUCAAAAGUGUUGAUAGAUAAGAAUAAAGAGGCGAAUGAGAUGAUUUGUGGGAGUAACUUGCAAAUAGUAACGGUCAAUUGAUCGUUGCAUAAAGAAAUUGUAUAAUAAAUGAACAU